ACCAACCUUAGCUGGAAGAAUAUUUAAGGCCACAUGAUUCCGCGACAGUUUCGUGUUUGUGUCCAAGUCUAUCGCCUCCCUCUCUGCCCAUCGCCUUCGUUGCCAUCAUUGCCAUCAUUGCCCUCAUUGCCAUCAUUGCCAUCAUUGCCAUCAUUGCCAUCAUUGCCAUCAUUGCCCGCGUCCGACAAAUGAUCUCCUCGACCCCCUCGGCCGCCAGUGCCACUGCCACAGAAGCAAACUCUUCUUCACCUGCGACUGCAACUGCAGCUGCAACUGCGCGCUAUCCCAAAAGAAAGCGAGCUGAAGUCAACUAUCGACUGUUGGAGGACGAAUCCGACACGUCUGGCUAUACAUCAACCGACUCCGGUGACAGCGAACGACUUCCUGCAAAGCGGCCUCGGAUCCCGCAGCCCCGCCCUACAAAGCCACUUCCAAGGCGGAAGAUAUUUCCUUUCCUGUUGUUGCCCGCUGAACUGCGGAAUAGAAUAUAUCGAUUGUGUCUCCCAGCCCCUGCAGCCGUCCCACCAGACGUGGCUGAGUCGGAUGACGCGCAGCCGGGCAUUUUUCUGGCCUACAAAUUGAAAAGGUAUCGCCGGACACUUGAGUACAUACCAUCUUAUGUGCGCGACGUUGAAGAGCACUGUCACUAUGGAUACCAAUACCAUACCGAUAAGAAUAACCAUGACGAGGAAAGACCGCCUCAUUUAGCCUUCCACGUCCUGGGCGUUUGCAAACAGAUACACGACGAGGCUGCUCCAAUGUUCUACGGACAGCGUCUCAUAUUUACCGAUCCCGACGCCCUGUUCUCGUUCGCCGCAUGCCUUUCGCCUCGCACCGCCAAGCUUCUCCGUCAUAUCGAGAUCCGAAGUUGGGGCAUGAGUCGGUCACGAAAGUCACGCGGCUACAUGGCCAUGGCCAUGCUUGCGGCAAAGGGCGUCACUGAGCUUGAGACACUGUACAUCAACUGCAAUAUGGGAUACUUUCGGAUCAAUCCCUGGAACAACCGCAACUUGGUCAUUCCCAUCCCAACGCGAAUCGCAAGGAAAGUCUAUCGUGACUGCCAUCUAUGGCUUGAAGCGGUGGGUGCCGCCAACGCUGAUCCGUUUAGAGCGGUUGGCAUCUUGAAAAUAAGCAUGGGCAUGUUUGCCCACAUGGCUCGAGAAUCGUCAGAUGACUUGAACGGCUUUGAAGAGCAGGCAAUGAAGGCGUAUAGGAAAGAGUUGAGGCGGCUCCUUGGGGGGAUCCCCAACUGACGGCAGGACAAGAAAUCAAGAAUCCAGACACAACGCAACAAGACGUUAAAUUGCGGAAAAAGCCCCUCCCAAAAGAAAUCAUCGGGUGCGCAAUGCAGAAUCAUCGGCUGCUGGCUCCAGA